AUGUACCUCGUAUGGCCACUCCUUACCUUAUUGCUGCUCCAAAACUCCCUCGUUACAGCGGUGUUUCCCCUAGAGCCUAAAGGCGGGCUGUGCGGAAAGGCAUUUCCGGAUCUCCGAGUAGAGGCGCUGACGGUGGAUGAUAAAUGGAAUCUACUCGAGACGGCAUGGGGGUUUGAAGGGACACAGGAGAGUGAGCGCGGGAGCACUCCAGGCUUUAAUCCGAACACCAGCGAGAAAAACAACAUUACCACACUGUAUCCCCUUGGUUUCGGAAAUUACAGCACCGACAUCAUCCCCGUGGCCAUAGAAGGAUCGCUGUUCGAUCAGUUCCAGGUCACGGCCACGAUAGGGUAUCCAUGGUCGACGAUUGGGAGGAUAUUCUUUCGACGGUUCAGGGGGGACAAAGGGGGGUGGUGCACGGGGACGCUGGUUGGAAAGAAUUUGCUUCUUACGGCAAGCCACUGUUUCCCGUGGAACUAUGGGCCUAGAAGGUGGAUGCGGUUUGUACCUGGAUUUGGCCAUGGGAAGAAACACGCGGAGCCCUUUGGAAGCUCAUAUGUCUCUCAGUGCCGUGGUGUGAAGAACACGCUAAACGUUACCGGGUUGGAUUAUGUGAUAUGCAAGCUGUGUGAGCCCCUGGGGGAGCGAGUGGGAUGGAUGGGGACUGCCUGGUGGAAGGAUACACAGGCAUAUGUCCACCGGCCGUGGCUGAGCUCUGGAUACCCGAUUGAACCUUUCAAGGGCAUGAAGCAGAUGCUGGUCACUAAUAUAACACUUGACGGUGUUGACCCCCAUGGAGAGAUUGGAGUUGAGCUCGAGUCGAAGGUAUUUGCGUCCUCUGGGUGGUCUGGCGGGCCUAUGUGGGAGUACGUUGACGGACAGGCUACAAUCGUUGGUAUAUGUAGUGGUGGAGAGCGAGCGUGCAGUGAGCAACCGGGUGGCUGCUUCAUGGCAAACCUGUCUGACCCGUACCACGAUGUAUCUGCUGGCGGUAGACUCAUGACUGAACUUGUUCGGUAUGGACAAAUGCAUUGGUCAUAA